GUUCAGCCCAUGGCAGAUUUCCUGCCCAGGAGACAGCAGGGCAGCCUGUGCUGCUGUCACACUGAGCCAGCUUGGCUGGACUGGCAUCACGUGUAAAAGCAAGGCUUCCAAAGUGCUGCCUGGCAUGGCAGUAAUGGAACAGGGUGAUGAUGAGAUUAUACUGGAAAUAUCAUCUUGUGGCUGUGGCUGCCUCGUCCCAGGAAGUGUUCCAGGCCAGGCUGAAUGGGGCUUGGAGCAACGUGUGGAAGGUGUCCUUGCCCAUGAAUGAGCUGAAUGGAAUUGAACGUUUGGCUGAGGAUGCAAUUGUGACAGGCUCCUACAAGAACAAGACCCUUUGUGCCAACCCAGAGGACACGUGUGACUUUAACAGGGCUGCCCACCUGGCCUCAACGCCCUUCCACGGGGUGGUGGCUCAGAGAGUCCCAGCUCCUGCUUUUUCUCAGAGUGAACUGAAGGAGGAAGAUAGUCCAGAAUCCAGGAGUGCACCUCAGACUCAGGAGACACCAGUGUGUGAAGGAGCAUACACUGAAGCUCUCAGUGUGAAAAAACUGAGAGAGAAGGUGACUGAUGGGACUGAGCAUCAUAUUAAUGCAGCCCUCUACUUCUGGGAGCCACUUUGGGGAUGUCAAACUAAUUAUUAUUUAGGGAUAUCCAAAAAGUGA